CAUGCACUUGCUGGGAUUAUUCUCCCUGGUCUGUUCCCUGAUUGCUGCAGCUCUGCUCCUGGGACCUCGGGCGCCCGCCGCAGCUGCGGCUUAUGAGUCGGGACAGGGCUAUUACGAGGAAGAACCGGAUCUGGGGGAAGCGAAGGAUCAUGCAAGCAAAGAUCUGGAAGAGCAGUUGCGGGCCGUGUCCAGUGUGGAUGAACUUAUGACAGUCCUUUAUCCAGAAUAUUGGAAAAUGUUUAAAUGUCAGUUGAGGAAAGGGGGCUGGCAGCAAAAUGGGGAGCACCCCAGUCCUGACACAAGAGAAGAGAAUGUCAAAUUUGCUGCAGCACAUUACAAUGCAGAGAUCUUGAAAAGUAUUGAUAAUGAGUGGAGAAAGACUCAGUGCAUGCCACGUGAGGUGUGUAUAGAUGUGGGGAAAGAGUUUGGAGCAGCAACAAACACCUUCUUUAAACCUCCAUGUGUAUCCAUCUACAGAUGUGGGGGUUGCUGCAACAGUGAGGGACUGCAGUGUAUGAACACCAGCACAAGUUACCUCAGCAAGACGCUGUUUGAAAUUACAGUGCCCCUCUCCCAUGGCCCCAAACCAGUUACCAUCAGUUUUGCCAAUCAUACCUCCUGCCGAUGUAUGUCUAAGUUGGAUGUUUAUAGACAAGUUCAUUCAAUUAUUAGACGUUCCCUGCCAGCGACACAGUCACAGUGUCAUGCAACAAACAAGACUUGCCCCAAAAAUCACAUCUGGAACAAUCACAUCUGCAGAUGCCUGGCUCAGCAAGAUUUCAUUUUCUCCUCCAGUGUUGGAGACAGUGAUGCUUCAGAUGGAUUCCACGAUAUCUGUGGACCCAACAAAGAAUUGGAUGAAGAAACCUGUCAGUGUGUAUGCAAAGGAGGACUUCAGCCUUCAAGCUGCGGACCCCACAGAGAACUGGACAGAAACUCCUGCCAAUGUGUGUGCAAAAACAAACUUCUACCCAGCUCAUGUGGAACCAACAGAGAAUUUGAUGAAAACACAUGUCAGUGUGUAUGCAAGAAAAGCUGUCCAAGGCAUCUGCCACUAAAUCCUGGAAAGUGUACCUGUGAAUGUACAGAAUCUCCAAGUAGAUGUUUAUCAAAAGGAAAGAAGUUUCGGCAACAGAACUGCAGUUGUUACAGACUACCAUGUCUGGGUAAAGUGAAGCGUUGUGAGCCAAGAUUUUCAUUCAGUGAAGAAGUAUGUCGUUGUGUCCCUUCACAUUGGAAAAGGCCACAAAUGAACUAAGUAAACAGCAUCAUUUGCCAGCUGAGCAUACAGUUUUCUAUGAUGAAAAUCAGACUAUAUUGCUAUCAUUUGGAACUCUUGAUGAACAGAGACCUUGUUGGGGCCACAAUGAAGACACAACUGAUUUUUCCUGAACAAUGUGGAUGGGGCUCACUUGCAUAAAGAACUCAUUUAAGGACCCAUUUUCUACCAAUGACCAAACAGCCUAGGAUUUUUCUCCUUUUGUGAUUUUUAAAAAAGAUAAUGACUAUAUAAUUUAUUUCCACUAAAAAUAUUGUGCAGCAUUCCUGUUUAUAGCAAUAACAAUUGUUAAAGCUCACUGUGAUCAAUAUUUUUAUAUCAUGCAAAGUAUGUUUAAAAUAAAGUAAAAAUGUAUUAUAAACGCGUAA